CGUGAUGGUAUUUUGUGAUUGGGCGUGGUCAUAAUUUUAAAAUGGCGACUUUUAAAGAGUACGUUUUGAGUGACUCGUUUAAAAGCCUCUCGGAACUUUACAUUUCUGCAGCUAAAAGCAAUGCUAUUGACAGAGAAAGGAACGAAUUAAAAGAGUCAUUGUUCGCUUUUCUUUUAUCCACUGGGCAUCAGCAAAGAGAAAAAGGAACAACAACUGAUGGCGAGUACGAGAGAGAACCAAUAAUAGCUGAACUGAUCCAUGAAGCAUUGUACCAUGCUACAAUGAAGGGACUCAAUCAAACGGACACCAUUUUAUUAGUACAAUCUCUACUUGAGGGGCUGGAGUGGAUAAAAAAUAAAGAUGAAUUUUGUGAAUUAGAGGAGGAUUUAAAGUCUUUGCUUCAAAGUCUCUCAGCCUCGUUCACUACACAUCAUGGCCAACAAGUAACCACUCAAUACCUCAUACAAACACUCCUCCUUCAACCUAACCUCUACCACUACCUGAUGAAUGAAGAACAAGAGAGAGACAUGACCUACCUUGAACUUACCCUCUAUUCCUCAUCUCUCCUUCCUCCUCUUACUGAAGGGACUACAGAGGAAGAAUGGCAUAGGAAGGAGAGAGUUGCUUGUGUUGAUACUCAGUAUGAACUGCAAAAGAAUCAAUUGAUCUCAGAGAAGGAGUCUUCAUUAUCAGAGGAGAAGGAUAAACUAGGAAAGUUGUAUGGUGAUUUAAAUGACUCUUUUGAAGAUGACGAGAAAGUUGAUCAAGAAGAGUUGAAGACUGUUUUAGGGCCAUUAGUACUGGGUCAUGUGUCUGGCAUGAAGACAGAGCUACUGCUAAAACUUAAAGAACAAGAGAUGAACAUAGCACAUCAGAUUGACCGGAUGAAGGCAUGGAAAGGAGAAAAGAGAACUACCACACCAGACAAACAACAAUAAAGCAAUAAUCUCUUAUAUAUAACAUAACAUUGCCUAACAAAGCAAUGCAUAUUAUAUUCCUUGAAAAUAUUUAAUUUUACAUUGUGUA